CAGACAGGGAGGGGGAGAGAGACAGACAGGGAGAGAGGAGGCUGGGAUGGAGAGAGAGACGGACAGGGAGAGAGGAGGCCACGAUGGAGAGAGAAAGACAGGGAGAGAGGAGGCUGGGAUGGAGAGAGAGACAGACAGGGAGAGAGGAGGCCACGAUGGAGAGAGAAAGACAGGGAGAGAGGAGGCUGGGAUGGAGAGAGAGACAGACAGGGCGAGAGGAGGCCACGAUGGAGAGAGAAAGACAGGGAGAGAGGAGGCUGGGAUGGAGAGAGAGACAGACAGGGAGAGAGGAGGCUGGGAUGGAGAGAGAGACAGACAGGGAGAGAGGAGGCUGAGAUGGAGAGAGACAGACAGGGAGAGAGGAGGCUGGGAUGGAGAGAGAGACAGACAGGGCGAGAGGAGGCCACGAUGGAGAGAGAAAGACAGGGAGAGAGGAGGCUGGGAUGGAGAGAGAGAGAGACAGACAGGGCGAGAGGAGGCCACGAUGGAGAGAGAAAGACAGGGAGAGAGGAGGCUGGGAUGGAGAGAGAGACAGACAGGGAGAGAGGAGGCUGGGAUGGAGAGAGAGACAGACAGGGAGAGAGGAGGCUGGGAUGGAGAGAGAAAGACAGGGAGAGAGGAGGCCACGAUGGAGAGAGAAAGACAGGGAGAGAGGAGGCUGGGAUGGAGAGAGAGACAGACAGGGCGAGAGGAGGCCACGAUGGAGAGAGAAAGACAGGGAGAGAGGAGGCUGGGAUGGAGAGAGAGACAGACAGGGAGAGAGGAGGCUGGGAUGGAGAGAGAGACAGACAGGGAGAGAGGAGGCUGGGAUGGAGAGAGAAAGACAGGGAGAGAGGAGGCUGGGAUGGAGAGAGACAGACAGGGAGAGAGGAGGCUGGGAUGGAGAGAGAGACAGACAGGGAGAGAGGAGGCUGGGAUGGAGAGAGACAGACAGGGAGAGAGGAGGCUGGGAUUCAGAGAGAGAGACAGACAGGGAGAGAGGUGGCUGGGAUGGAGAGAGAGACAGGGAGUGAGGAGGCUGGGAUGGAGAGAGACAGGGAGAGAGGAGGCUGGGAGAGAGAGACAGACCGGGAGAGAGGAGGCUGGGAUGGAGAGAGAGACAGAUGGGGAGAGAGGAGGCUGGGAUGGAGAGAGACAGGGAGAGAGGAGGCUGGGAUGGAGAGAGAGAGACAGGGAGUGAGGAGGCUGGGAUGAGAGAGAGACAGGGAGAGAGGAGGCUGGGAUGGAGAGAGAGACAGGGUGAGAGGAGGCUGGAAUGGAGAGAGAGACGGAGAGAGGAGGCUGGGAUGGAGAGAGAGACGGAGAGAGGAGGCUGGGAUGGAGAGAGAUAAGAGGAGGGGGAGAGGAGGCUAGGAUGGAGAGAGAGACAGGGAGAGAGGAGGCUGGGAUGGAGAGACAUAAGAGGAGGGGGAGAGGAGGCUGGGAUGGAGAGAGAGACAGACAGGGAGAGAGGAGGCUGGGAUGGAGAGAGAGACAGACAGGGAGAGAGGAGGCUGGGAUGGAGAGAGAGACAGACAGGGAGAGAGGAGGCUGGGAUGGAGAGAGAGACAGACAGGGAGAGAGGAGGCUGGGAUGGAGAUAAACAGACAGGGAGAGGAGGCUGGGAUGGAGAGAGACAGGGAGAGAGGAGGCUGGGAUGAGAGAGACGGGGAGAGAGGAGGCUGGGAUGGAGAGAGAGACAGACAGGGAGAGAGGAGGCUGGGAUGGAGAGAGAGACAGACAGGGAGAGAGGAGGCUGGGAUGGAGAGAGAGACAGACAGGGAGAGAGGAGUCUGGGAUGGAGAGAGAGACAGACAGGGAGAGAGGAGGCUGGGAUGGAGAGAGACAGACAGGGAGAGGAGGCUGGGAUGGAGAGAGAGACAGGGAGUGAGGAGGCUGGGAUGAGAGAGAGACAGGGAGUGAGGAGGCUGGGAUGAGAGAGAGACAGGGAGAGAGGAGGCUGGGAUGGAGAGAGACGGGGAGAGAGGAGGCUGGGAUGGAGAGAGAGACAGGGAGAGAGGAGGCUGGGAUGGAGAGAGAGACAGGGAGUGAGGAGGCUGGGAUGGAGAGAGACAGGGAGAGAGGAGGCUGGGAUGGAGAGAGAGACGGACAGGGAGAGAGGAGGCUGGGAUGGAGAGAGAAAGACAGGGAGAGAGGAGGCUGGGAUGGAGAGAGAGACAGACAGGGAGAGGAGGCCACGAUGGAGAGAGAAAGACAGGGAGAGAGGAGGCUGGGAUGGAGAGAGAGACAGACAGGGAGAGAGGAGGCCACGAUGGAGAGAGAAAGACAGGGAGAGAGGAGGCUGGGAUGGAGAGAGAGACAGACAGGGAGAGAGGAGGCUGGGAUGGAGAGAGAGACAGACAGGGAGAGAGGAGGCUGGGAUGGAGAGAGAAAGACAGGGAGAGAGGAGGCUGGGAUGGAGAGAGACAGACAGGGAGAGAGGAGGCCACGAUGGAGAGAGAAAGACAGGGAGAGGAGGCUGGGAUGGAGAGAGAGACAGACAGGGAGAGAGGAGGCUGGGAUGGAGAGAGACAGACAGGGAGAGAGGAGGCCACGAUGGAGAGAGAAAGACAGGGAGAGGAGGCUGGGAUGGAGAGAGAGACAGACAGGGAGAGAGGAGGCUGGGAUGGAGAGAGACAGGGAGUGAGGAGGCUGGGAUGGAGAGAGACAGGGAGAGAGGAGGCUGGGAGAGAGAGACAGUCCGGGAGAGAGGAGGCUGGGAUGGAGAGAGAGACAGACAGGGAGAGAGGAGGCUGGGAUGGAGAGAGACAGGGAGAGAGGAGGCUGGGAUGGAGAGAGAGACAGGGAGUGAGGA